AUGACUAACGCCGUUGUUUUCGGCAGCACAGGUGCAGUGGGCUCUCAAAUUCUGGCCACGCUUCUGUCAUCCUCUAGUUGUACGACCCUCACGACAGUCUCCCGUCGCGCUCCCCAGACUCAGAGCCCAAAACUCCAAGCUAUCAUUGAAACCGACACUGCGAGAUGGGACUCUUUGAUAGCCAAGCUCUCACCAACUCCUUCAGUAGUCUUCAAUGCGGUCGGUACCACUUUUGCCAGCGCUGGCUCUGUCGCUGCACAAUGGGCAAUUGACCACGAUCUGUGCGUCGAAAAUGCAAAAGCCGCAAAAGCAGCAGGUGUCGGGACAUAUGUGUAUUGCUCGAGUGCAGGUACCAGCAGCUCCCUCAGUCCAUUUGCAUUGACACCCUACGCAAAGAUGAAAAGAGGUGUGGAAAACGCCAUCAAAGAUCUGGACUUUGAUAAUGCGAUUAUUCUGCGACCUGGUAUGAUCUUAGGAAGGGAGAGUCCGAAAAACAAAUGGCUCGAGGAUAUCUUUGAUGGUUUAAAAAGAAUCUCGCAAGGUUUCCAGGACAAGUGGGCACAAGAUCAGACAGUCAUCGGAAGAGCUGCGGUAGCCGCUGUAGCGAUGGUAGAAAGAGGCAAAGCGCCAAGUAGAUUCUGGAUUUUGGAACAAUCGGAUAUCGUAAAGCUGGGAAGAGAUGAAUGGAAGGACUGA